GACCUGGGGAGCGGGUGUUUCUUUACUUCUUUAUUUUUAAGUUUAUUUAUAAUAGUAAGUUGAUAUUUGCAGUGUUUCGCGAUACUCGGUGUAUCUUUGGGCAUGACAUGUAACAGUCAAGUGAUGUCAUUCAGCUCAGUGUUGCUGCCGCAGCUGAGGUCUUCUCAGGAUAUUGAUGAUGAAACUGCUUCGUGGAUAGCUUCAAUAACGGGCGUAUCUUUCUUCUUCGGCUUGAUGAUGACACCAUAUUUAAUGAGUAACUACGGCCGCAGAACUAUGACACUUCUCAGCUCGGUUAUACUAACUGUCACUUGGUUUAGUAUACUAUUUACUACCGACAUAAUAGUCAUCCUAUUGGUGAGAUUCAUUCAAGGCUUUAGCUUAGGAUUCGCUGCUAUUGUAGUUCCUGUUUUGAUCGGAGAAUACUCCAGUCCGAAAUACAGAGGGACUUUCUUAUCUACAAUGUCAUUAGCUAUAUCAUUAGGGGUUUUGUGCAAUCAUACCAUAGCUGCGUUUUAUUCCUGGCAAACUGCUGCUAUAAUCUGCUGUGUGACAGCCCUGUUGAAUACAAUAAUAGUAACAUUAUCACCGGAAUCACCUAUAUAUUUAGCGUCAUGUGGGAAGUAUGUUGAUUGUAGACGAUCAUUCGAUUGGCUGCGAUAUGAAGAAGAAAACGAAGAGUUGGAUAUGAUAAUCAGAGAUAUGGUCGAAAGUAAAGAGAGUUUUGUCAAUUUGCAACACAAGAUUGUUUACUUUUUCAUGAUUUGGAGGAAAAAGGAGUUUUACAAACCUAUGAUAAUUAUUUUUCAUUUGCAUAUUAUAAAUGAAUGGUCAGGAGCUACUACUUUCGAUGCGUACACUUCGGAUAUCUUUCACAGACUUGUAGGACAAGAUAUUAAUGUGUCGUUUAUGAUAAUAUCCACAGACAUUUUAAGAACUGUAUCCAGUUUUUGCACAGUCUUAUUGAUAAGAAAAUUCAGAAGAAGGUUGAUGCUUUUGAUAACAAUUUCAAGCAACAUACUCUCUUAUUUCAUCAUAAUAAUAUACUCUUAUACAAAAACACAAGAUUACCAGAUUGGAUUAUUUCUCAUACAUGUUCAUGUUUUGACGUUUUCUGUAGGCAAUUUGACUCUGCCUAAUAUCCUUGCUGGUGAAAUAUUUGCGUUUAAGUAUCGUGGAAUAUCAAAUAUGUUAGCGCAAAUGUUUUUCUGUUUGAAUUACAUUUUGAGUACAAAAACAGCACUGCAUAUGUUGGAGAAUUACAAUUUGCAUGGUACGUUUUUAUUAUACGUGACAAUGGUGGCAUAUGGAUUGUUAGUCGCAUGGUUUAUAUUACCAGAGACAAAGGACAAGACGUUACAAGAUAUCACAGAUGAGUUCCAUGGGAUAUCACGGCAAAUAGAACAUGGAAAUGUUGUAAAUAAGUUAAUGCCAGUAAAUAAAAAUUGUAAUAUGUAAACG